GUAAUGGAAUGGUACACCAUUAAAUAAGUUUUUUCUCAAAGAGUUGAAGCUUUUAUCACCAAAUUUUACUACCGUAGCUUUUAUAACCAUGCACUCAUUUUUAGCUGAUAGCUUACGUGUUUACAUAUUUCUUGUAUAAAGUUUUUUAUGGAUCUCUUCAUGGUAAAAAUAAUCAUUUUGCAAAAUGCCAUAUUAGAUAUUAAAGAAGUAUUCAAGGAGCAAGUAGCCAGGAAAAUGUACGUUUUAUAGCCAUGUAAGUUUUUGGUACAGCAAAAUUUCGUGCCAUCUUCAAAGUAGGUUUUAUGUGAGGAGCUAAAUAGGCAAUAGGCCUUUAAAUUUCAUCUCCAAAAAUCAACAAAUAUUUCUAAAUCGCUGAUUUUCUAUGUGUUAAUCACAACAGCAGUGUAAAAAAUUUAUUUUAAUCUUACGUAAUCUUCAACCAAUGGCAAGAACAUGAGGAAACAUACCACUUAGUUUGUGUUCCUUUAAAAUGUUAAAUACUGGCUAUUAUAUGUAUGAAAAAAUUUGUUUGCAUCUUUUUAGAUUAAACAUUGGUAUGUUUCUUGAUCCAGGCAAUCCUUAUGAUAAAUAUGAAAUCAAAAUCUUGAUGAAUGGAACUAUUGUUGGUCAUGUUCCGAAAAAAAUUUCGCGGUGCGCAUCUGGAAGAAAAUGAGAACUUUUGUAUAUGGCCAGAGACAACAAAAGGGGAAUGGUUUAGACUUAGAGGUCCCAUACAAAUACGCUCUCAAGGCCUAACGGACCAGAUACAUAUCUUAGAAAGAACCAAAUGCACAGUCUAGGAUAUUGUCGAAUGAGAAAAGGAAAUUUUAUCUUUUAUGCCCAUCGACCUUUAUGCAAGAAUGGCUUACAUGCAAGGUUAUAGCAUGCAAGUAGUCUCAAUUUUUCAAGAGAUGUCCAUGGUAGGCUUUUUGUAUAAAGCAAUGCGGUUAGGGGGCUGAUCAAGUUGAUGGUAAGUUAACACAAUCUGAACAGGUGAUAGUUUAAUAGCGUGAUCAAAAUCUACACACUUGAAUGACUGUGGUCAAUGAGAGCAACACGGAAUUGCGUGUGCUCACCAAGCGCUGCGCAGGUUGUUUGAAGAAAUUUGUAUCAUAGCACCCCCUGUUUCUGUUAAAUGUCUACGGUUUAUCAAUUAUAGACGAAAUUUAUAACGGGUGAUACCUACAAACCAAGAAUUUGACACCCCAGCUGCAUUACCUCUUUUUAACAAUUAAAGCAUAUUUUUAUCUAAACUAUUGCACUGGUUCAUGGAUUUUAACAGUAUUUUUAUUUAGUGAUACUUGCUUGAAGAUGGUUUAAACAGACUAACCAAAGAUGAGCCUGAAAAACUUGAAGCGCUCUCCAUGGAUAUACAUUACAUUAUCGUUGUUCUUAACUCUUUCUUUGACACUUAGCUUGGCAGUAUUUCUUUUACAUAGAUAUACCGGAACGUCGCAGAAUAGUAUUUUCGUAAAACAGCGAAGCGCUUCGGAUAAAAAGACAUCGAAAGAUGAGAAACAGAGAGUAGAGUAUCAUGCAAUGGUGGCAGAAAAGCUUUACGCUAGUAAUAUCGAAAAGAACCUAAAGUAUCUGACAAGUAUGCCACAUAUUGCCGGUUCACCAGAAAGCAAAAAACAAGCAGAAUGGAUGGCGGAAAAAUUCAAAGAGUACGGUUUUGACCGAGUUGAAAUAAAGAAGUAUAAAGUAUUGCUAUCUUACCCAACUGAACCUGGCAGCGUAAAGGUUCUUGAUGAUGAUGGUAAGGAAGAUUUCGCCUUUGAAUCUGUCGAGAAGAGUUACAACAAAUAUGAGAACGAUUCCAGAGCCAUGCCGCCAUUUAUUGCAUACUCACAGUCUGGCACAUUUGAGGGUGAGCUUGUUUAUGCAAAUUUUGGACUAGAAAAGGAUUUCGAGCACUUACAGAAGAGUGGGGUGGAUCUUAAGAACUGUAUUUGUUUGGUUAGAUACGGUUCCACAUCUAGAGCCAAAAAGCUAAAAGUAGCAACUGCGCACAAAGUAAAAGGCAUAAUCAUCUACUCCGAUCCUGAGCAAUAUUCGCCAAGAGGCGUUUCCUACCCAGACAGCUGGUAUUUGCCAAAGGAUGGUGUCCAAAGAGGGACAGUGCUUCGAAUACGUGGAGAUCCCCUGUCAAAUGGAUACCCAGCUCUUGAUGGCUUUCAUCGAUGGGAUCUCAAUGAUGUAGCUUACUUCCCAAAGAUGCCCAUUCUCCCAAUCAGCUACGAAAAUGCAGAGAAACUUAUGAAAAUUUUAGAUGGAAAAGAGGUACCUGACAAAUCAUGGAGAGGGAAAUUGGAAACAACAUAUAGAAUAAAUUCAAAGAAGAGGAGAAAAGUAAAAGUAAAAAUUUCUGUGAAUCGAGAAGAUAGAUUCAUUUACAACGUCAUAGGAACAUUUCAAGGACAUGUUGAGCCCGACCGUCUUAUUCUUCUUGGCAAUCAUCGAGAUGCAUGGGUGUUUGGGGCAGCAGAUCCAUCAAGUGGAACAGCUACAAUGGUAGAGGUUGCAAGGGGGCUCGGCUGGCUCAAAUCUAAAGGUUGGAAGCCACGAAGAUCAAUUUUAUUAUGCAGCUGGGAUGCAGAAGAAUACGGCCUUAUUGGCUCUACAGAAUGGGCAGAGGACCAUGCAAAGCUUCUAACACAACGAGCCGUUGCGUAUUUAAACAUUGAUACUGCUGUUGAAGGGAACUAUACAAUAGAACUGAAAUCGACACCCCAUUUGAGAGACACAUUUUACGAUAUUGUAAAGAUGUUCAAAGACCCAGAUGAUAAAGAAAGCAACCUGUACGACACUUGGGUCAAAAAACGAGGAAAUAAUAACAUUUACGAGCCAGAGGCAGAACUGUUCAAAACAGGGAGUGACUACAUGCCGUUCUUUGCUGAUCUUGGGAUCCCUUCGAUGGACUUCAGGUUUACAUUUGAUUCGAAACAAACAGGUGUUUUUAAAUACCCAGUCUACCACAGCAUCCACGACAACUUUGACUGGAUGAAACGAUUUGUUGAUCCAGAUUUCCGUUACCAUGAAACUGUUGCCAAGCUGUGGAUACAGCUGGCUCUAGCAAUGGCUGAUGGGAUACUGUUGCCAUUCAAUAUCAGGAGGUAUGGGGAGAAUCUCCUCAAACAAGCUGAGGAAAUUGAGAAAAUCAAGAAAGAGUCUGGGAAGGCCAAAGACUUGAAUACAGACCUUAUGAGAGAAGCCUGCAAGAAGUUCAAAAAAGCAACAUCUGAUUUCCACAAAAGAUUGCAAAGUAUAGACAAAGAGGAUGCACUGGCUGUUAGAAUGGCCAACGACAAGCUUAUGCUUUUUGAAAGGAGCUUUGUGCUUUCAGAAGAUAUUCCUGGUGAAUACACAAGGCAUGUAUACCAUUCUUCGGGCUUACGCGGAGCACUGAGUGAUGUGGAGAAGGAGAAGCCUGGGUCGAUUGAGGACUUGAAAAUCAAAAUAACGGCGUUUACAUAUCAUGUUAGGAUGGCAACAAUGAGUUUGCAGAAUUUCUUUGUUGAAGAAAACUGCUCAGAAAAAGACUGUGAUUUUGUAUAAAGUAAUUAAACGUUAGGUUUCAUAGUUGUGGAACCACUUUUCAAUGCAAAAGUCAUACAAUGCCUGCCAAAGUACUUGGAACACCCAACAAUUUGUGCUGUGUUUUCAUAUUUUUAAAAUUCUUUUCCCAAAUACUUCUACUUUCGUUCUUGAAUCCCGAAGCUAUGUUGAUAGUUUAGACAAAUAUCAUGCGAGUCAUACGAAAAACACACUUUCUAAUCUCCUACGUCGUUUUGUAGUAAACCAACAUCGUUCAAAGGGGAGGGGAGUGUUCCAAGACUUCUGGCAGGCGUUGUAGGUCCAAGAAUGAAGCAGUCUCGUCAACAUUGUAUCUCUGUGUUACAGAAGUUUCUUCGGCAUGUAGAAUUUUCUAAGCUAUUCCUAGACAUUAGAAGCAUAACAUGUUGAAGAUUGCAAAAACUUUGAAUCAUAACAAGGCAAUUAAUUAUUAAUUAACAAGAAUUAAAACAUAUAUUUAUUAACAAUAUAAUAAAACAUUUCAAUGAAAAAAUGGAUCAUUUCUUUAAAUAGUGUAAUUUAGCAGGUAUUUAUAGAAUCAAAUUUUCCAAUUCGGGUUGUAUUAUGAGA